GGCUCAUGUAGUGCUUCAUCUGGGGGUUGGCGCCUGCACGGACCAGGGAAGCUGUGAGCUUCCCGCCAUGACUGCCACGCUGGGGCAGGCCCUGGGCUCCCUCCUGCCUACCCUUCUGCUGGGACUCGCAGCUGGGCAGCCGUUCAUCACCCUGACGGGCCCGGCAGAGAGGGCAGCCCCUGGAAACUCGGUGCCUUUCAACUGCACCGCCGGCCCCUUCAGCUCCCAGGACAUCAGUGUCACCUGGAUGAAGGACUGGGAUGAGCAUCCAGCCUCCGCUCAGCGCCUGGUGACUGAUGACAAAGGCAAUUACUCCAUCACCAGCAAGGUGUGGCUGACGCUGGUGCGCCAAGAUGUCUCGUCAGAGAUCACCUGCGAAGUCACCCACAGGGACCUGGCAGCGCCCCUGCACAGGACCAUGAACCUCUCCCAAGUGCUCCGAGUGGUUCCCACCCUGAAGAUCACCGCCCAGCCCUCCGAGGCGAACACCCCCCAUCAUCAGAGAGUGAAUCUCACUUGCCACGCCAGCCACUUCUAUCCCUCCCACCUGCACCUCACCUGGAUGGAGAACAGGCACACCGUCCACACCGUGCCGGCCCCCCAGGUCACCAGAAACGCAGAUGGGACCUACUCUCUGGCGCACACGUGGCAGGCAGCGGCCAAGCCCAACGGGAGCGAGUUUGCCUGCUGGGUGGUCCAGGAUGAGCAGCCCCCGGUCCAGGCCAACAUCACCCUGCGGGCUCAGGCGUCCCGGCUGAGGAAAGGCGGGAGCAGCUACUCUUACACCUUGCAAGGCCCCCCUCAGCGAUCAGAGCCGGGCACAAGCAUCCUACUGAAGUACACGUCGUCCGGAUUCCACACGCAGCACGUCACGGUGGCCUGGCUUAAGAACAACCACACGCUGCCGAACCCCCAGACCAGCGUCCACCUCAGCAGAGACACCUACAACGUGAGCAGCAGCGUGCGCGUCCCCCUGCAGGCUGGGGACGUGCGCUCCCAAGUCUUCUGCCUCGUCAUGCACAAGUCGAAAUUGGCUUUCCAGAAAACCAUCGCCCUGGACCAGUACCUCCGUGUUUCCCCUGCAGUGACAAUGUCUCAGGCUUCAAUGUCCUUGGACUUGGUAGCAAUUACUUGCCACGUGCAGAGAUUCUAUCCACAAAGUGUGCAACUCACCUGGCUGGAGAACUGCGAUACAUUCAAGGGAGCUGAGCCAGCCACACCCAAGAAGAAUGUUGAUGGGACCUACACCCUGGAAAGCUUGCAAUGGGUGAAUGCAUCAGGGCAUGGGUCUGAGAGGGUAUUCACCUGUAAGGUACAGCAUGAGGCACAGCCUCCCAUCUGGGCCAACCUCAUACUGUCCCCAGCAGCCCACGGGACAUACAAGCCCAUUGAAAACCCAGGUCCAGAGACACCUGCCCUUAUAUUUGUGGCUUUCCUCCUGGGCCUCAAGCUGCUGCUGGUGACGAGUUUCACAGUCACCUACAUCCACAGGUGGUGGAACCUGUAACAGCCCCCCCCUGCCUUCACCAAAGGCCUCAAUUGGAGGGAAGAAGCUGCAAGGACCUGCCCCUUACCUGAGACCCCUGCUCCUCAUUCUGCCAGCCCCACCUGCACAGGAGCUCCCUCCACACACCCUCCUGAUGUUGCUUCUCUCUGAUAAUAAAGCUGAGUCAAGGAUGGGCUUUGGUCACAGAGACUCAGGGAUGUCUGGACCUUGAUGCAUUGAGCUUCACACUGGCCCUGCCUCCACCCAAAACAGAACCAGAAACAUGAAGAGAACAAGUUUCACCUCCCCUCAUCAUAAACAACCCUUAAUAUUCCGAGCAGAUUUUACUUUUAUCCAGAGCUCUGCCAGUAUACUUUUAUUUUAACAAACAGAUAUUUGAAAUCACUAAGUUGAAUAAGCAUUUUACUAUUUUGAAAUAUAUAAAGAAUAUUAAUGGUAUCCAUGGACCUACCAUCUCUCUUUGCAAAACAUUCACAUAUUUCUAUUAUGUUCUCUGUUCCUUUUGAAAACACUGUCCUAAAUUGUGUGUUAAUCAUUUUCUAGCAUGAUUUUAUACUUUUACAACAUAUAUGUAUGUGAAAGGCCGAGGCCAGCGUGGCUUUCGGGUUCAAAGGCUUGGAGAAAGAGCUGACGCACAAAUUGACACACAAGACAAGAAAAAUUAAUUUUGAAAUUAUGGGGGGAAGCCAGGGGAAAACUCAACUGGAGAAGUCAACUUCCACUGAGUCUGUUCCUGUCUGCUUUUAUUUACUAGAAUACACAAUUGCCUUUUAGGAAUGCAAACAGACAUAUCAAUGGUAAUGUUUAGUAAACAGUAAGAUUAUCAGGGUUUGGGGGGGUUUGCUUUAGGCCAUUGAGUCAGCAGUAGGUAAUAAAAUGCAAAUUUACCCUGUGAAUAUCAAAGCCCAAACUCAGCCUUCUAGUGGACUUCUCGCAUUUAUAUUAAUUACUGUUGGUCUUGGUUUCCAGCAUAUGUAAAUCCUUAAGCAAUAUUUAGUAUUGCUUUGCAUGUUUUAAAUUUUAGGUAACUGCUAUUAUACUGUAUACAACAUUCUGGAACUUUAUUUGUAUGCUUCACACAGUUCUGUGUGUUUUAAUAAUGUUGAUAUAUGUAUCAGUAACUCCAUUGUAUUAAUUUUCCAUGCUCUACAGUUUUCUAUUGUAAGAUAUGCUGCAAUUUACAGAUUCUUCUCAAGAUGGUAGUAAAGCUCUAUCUAAAGUUUUGCUAGUGCAACUUUGCAACCAACACUAUAUCUUUGCUUCCCUGGCACAUAUGCAGAGCCCUUCUGGUUCCUCUUGUUUGGGCCAUGAGCAGCAGUGUUGUUAUCAUUUGGGAGCUUUUGUUUUAUAAAGAAAAGUUUUCAGUUUUUUAUCGAGUUUUGCUCUUUGCACGUACGCCUUUGACCUAGCCAUGUUUUUUCUGGUGUGUGUGUCUGUGUGUCUUAGA